CGAUAAUGGCUCCAAUAUUACUUGCUGUUGGAGGUGCUUCUUCAAGCGGGAAGACUACAAUCGCAAAGCUGUUGAGCAUAGCCGUGGAGAACUCUUAUCUUCUACACCAAGAUGACUUCUUUAAAAGAGAUGAAGAUAUCCCGGUAGAUCCAGAAACUGGGAUGGAUAAUUGGGAUUGUGUAGAGGCUUUGAACUUUGAUGCGUUUGUCCACGAGAUAAAGCACCUGAAAGCCACGGGAGAACUCUCUCCUCAGAGUGCCACUUCAAUGUACAAGAGUGAGACGAACGAUCAAGCACAUCCCCAGGUUUCAAUUGAGCUAUUGAAGGGGUUAUCGCUGAAGUUGAAUCAACUGUUACAUGGAAGGAAACUGAUCAUAGUGGAUGGGUUCAUGCUGUUCCAUGACCCUUCUAUCAUUGAACUCUUUGAUCUAAGGAUCUUUGUCAAAUGUCCACGCGACACAUUACAGAAAAGAAGAGAACAUAGGAGCUACAACACAGUAGAGACUACAUGGACAGACCCUCCAGGUUAUUUUGAGAAAGUUGUGUAUCCUGCGUAUGCCAAAUCUCAUUCUUACUUGUUUAUCAACGGCGAUGUUGAAUCGCACAUAGACCCAUCAAUGCUAAAGAGAUUCAGCAUGCUAUCCGUUGAGAACGAUAAAGAUACACAUAUCAAUGAUGUAUUGGAAGACGUGGGUGAAUGGUUAGUUGAACAACUACAAGAGACAUAG